AUGGGGAGAGAUGUCACGGAGAAGGCAUCAUGGAAUGAUGCGGCUGACCUCCUUCUCACAGCGGCUGACCUCCUUCUCACAGCGGCUGACCUCCUUCUCACAGCGGCUGACCUCCUUCUCACAGCGGCUGACCUCCUUCUCACAGCGGCUGACCUCCUUCUCACAGCGGCUGACCUCCUUCUCACAGCGGCUGACCUCCUUCUCACAGCGGCUGACCUCCUUCUCACAGCGGCUGACCUCCUUCUCACAGCGGCUGACCUCCUUCUCACAGCGGCUGACCUCCUUCUCACAGCGGCUGACCUCCUUCUCACAGCGGCUGACCUCCUUCUCACAGCGGCUGACCUCCUUCUCACAGCGGCUGACCUCCUUCUCACAGCGGCUGACCUCCUUCUCACAGCGGCUGACCUCCUUCUCACAGCGGCUGACCUCCUUCUCACAGCGGCUGACCUCCUUCUCACAGCGGCUGACCUCCUCCUCACAGCGGCUGACCUCCUCCUCACAGCGGCUGACCUCCUCCUCACAGCGGCUGACCUCCUCCUCACAGCGGCUGACCUCCUCCUCACAGCGGCUGACCUCCUCCUCACAGCGGCUGACCUCCUCCUCACAGCGGCUGACCUCCUCCUCACAGCGGCUGACCUCCUCCUCACAGCGGCUGACCUCCUCCUCACAGCGGCUGACCUCCUCCUCACAGCGGCUGACCUCCUCCUCACAGCGGCUGACCUCCUCCUCACAGCGGCUGACCUCCUCCUCACAGCGGCUGACCUCCUCCUCACAGCGGCUGACCUCCUCCUCACAGCGGCUGACCUCCUCCUCACAGCGGCUGACCUCCUCCUCACAGCGGCUGACCUCCUCCUCACAGCGGCUGACCUCCUCCUCACAGCGGCUGACCUCCUCCUCACAGCGGCUGACCUCCUCCUCACAGCGGCUGACCUCCUCCUCACAGCGGCUGACCUCCUCCUCACAGCGGCUGACCUCCUCCUCACAGCGGCUGACCUCCUCCUCACAGCGGCUGACCUCCUCCUCACAGCGGCUGACCUCCUCCUCACAGCGGCUGACCUCCUUCUCACAGCGGCUGACCUCCUUCUCACAGCGGCUGACCUCCUUCUCACAGCGGCUGACCUCCUUCUCACAGCGGCUGACCUCCUUCUCACAACGAGUGACCUCCUUUUCCUGCCUGAACUCACCCGUUGUGUCCCCCAUGCCCCCCUUUGGCAAGAAGCUUCAUGGAAGCUACGUCCAGGUCCAUGUCAUCGUAGAUCUAAGUGA